AAUCUACUUCAGAAAUUGCAAUGAUUGAUUGACUAACAGACACUAACAACUGACUAGUGGCCAGCUAUCUAUUCAAAGCUACCCAAGAUCCAAACACAAUCAUCAUCAUCCUUAUUAACAAACUCAAAGAUGGCUGAGGGAGAAGCAACAGAAGCUUUGAAAUCUCUUGAAGAUUUUGAUCCUCAAAACAAGUCCAAAAGGAACAAGUUCUCUUUUACGUGUGCUAUCUUGGCUUCUAUGACUUCUACCUUACUUGGAUACAAUAUUGGUGUGAUGAGUGGAGCAGCCAUCUAUAUCAAAAGAGACCUUAAAGUAACCCACCUAAAGAUCGAAAUUCUCCUAUGCAUCAUAAAUAUUUACUCCCCCAUAGGCUCUUACAUAGCAGGGAGACUCUCCGAUUGGAUUGGUCGGCGUUACACAAUUGUUCUCGCCGGAGUAAUUUUCUUCGUCGGAGCUAUCCUUAUGGGACUUUCCAUGAACUAUGCACUAUAUGCCUUGCGAUCGUUCAUCUUAGGGCUUGGUAUUGUAUAUAGUAUAGCUAUUGUAGUUGUCUUCUUCUCUAAGAAUGAUAAAUAUUCUAAAGGUUCUAAAGAAACAAGCUAUUUUCAGGUAAUUUUGAAUGGAGGUAUUUUAGUCGGAUACAUCUCAAACUAUGGAUUUUCAAAGCUGCCACUCUGUUAUGAUUGGCGAGUGAUGCUUGGAAUUGGUGUCAUCCCUUCUAUAUUCCUAGCCAUAGCUGAAUUAGCCAUGCCAGAGUCGCCGAGAUGGCUCGUUGCCGAGGGCCGAUUAGGGAAAGCCAAAAAAGUUCUCUAUAAAAUCUCUGAUUCUAAAGAAGAAGCUCAUCAAAGAUUAAAUGAUAUUAAAUAG